GUUAUUGCUGCUGCAUGUUCCCUUCUCACUCCACAGAGAGCAAAUAUGAUUCUCCUUUCACCCAACCACAAAGAAAAGUGUACACUAAAAGAGCGCUGGUUUGGGACUUUAUAUAAUGUUGAAGACAUUGACAAGUAUUGGGCUGAUUUAUGGGCAGGUGACUUUCCGUUAAAUCGUGCUCUUCAUCUGCCAAAAGAAAACAAGUACAUAGCAACUGAUUUUGCACUGAAGAGGUCUGAUCGUGUUGAUACCCUGUAUCCAGUGAAAAUUUUAGAUAACAAAAAUGGUCGCCUGUGGUACAAAAAGGAUACCAAGUUUCAAAUUCCUAAAGGUUAUGUCCGAUUCCACUUGAUAUCGCCUCAUGUUCAUAAAAGUCCAGAGAACUUGGUAUUGUUUGACUUAUUCGUCAAUAUUGUGGCUCACAACUUAGCUGAACCUGCAUAUGAGGCUGAUGUUGCUCAAUUAGAGUAUAAGUUAGUGGCUGAAGAACAUGGGCUAGUCAUCAAAGUGAAAGGAUUUAACCACAAACUUGGG